AUGCCCGAAGCUUUGGGAAUUGAGGAGAACGAGCUCAAAGCGCAAAAUCCGCGUUUCCUGCUCCGCCAACCUCGCGCCUUACAAUGGUUCGAGCACGGCCGCUUGGUCAAGCGCCAUGAUUGUGAAAGACAAGCUGGUCGCUUUGAGCUCUUCCUCGAUUUGCUCUAUGUCGCCAUCCUAUCGAACUUCGCCGACACUCUGGCCGAGGAUAUCUCGGGCGCAAAACUCGUCAAAUACAUUUUGAUCCUGUCUCCAUCAUGGCAUGUAUGGAGCGACAUUCGCGAAUUAAUGAACUCGUUCUACAACGACGACCUCCUGCAGCGUCUUCUGAUCCUCUGGCUCAUGGCUGUUCUGGUUGUCUAUGGGAAUAAUGCGCCUUUGGUGGAUGAGGAUAUAGGUGCUAUGCGCGCGGCUGUCGGUUCCUACAUGGUCGCGCGCGUAACGUGCAACCUCACGCAUCUCGUUUUCUCUUUCGCGAGUUACCACCACCGCCGGCAACAGCGACUGUGGGCCGGCCUCUCGACACUCACUUUGUGCAUCUACAUCCCGCUCUUCUUCGAAAACAUUUCCAUCCGCGGCAAGAUUGCGGCUGCGGCCGUCGCAGUCUCGGUAGAGGAAAUCCUUUGGGUCUUCUGCUAUUGUCCCGCGGCAAAGAAGUUGCUUCGCGUCAAGUAUUCCACUGCUGUUGAUGUCGGGCAUGAGAUUGAUCGCUUUGCAGCGUUCUACAUUAUCGUGCUGGGCGAAUUCCUGUACCUCAUCAUCAAGGGGUCAAACGCUGCCGUUGGCUUGAAUGAGCGUCUGCUACGCGCAGUCUGGACCUUGGUCAUUGCGUUCUGUCUCAAUUGGCUGUAUACCCACGCCGACGGGUCGAUGGAAAGUACACACCCACUGCGACACAAUGUCUAUACUGCUUUCUCCUUUGCUAUGAUCCAUCUGCCGCUUAUUGCCAGUCUCCUGGUCGGUGGCCAUGUCGCAGCUGCAUCUGUUGCCGAGGAGGAUUUUGAAAAUCCUCAAAGGUGGCUGCUGUGUGAAGGAUUAGGUGUUGGUAUGAUGUGUCUAUACUUCUUCGCUCUGAUACACUCCUCUCAGGAUGAACGUGGAUGCCUGGUCAUGCCCAAGCAUGUUCGUAUCAUCAUGCGACCGAUCACCGGUCUCAUCACUAUUUUACUUCCCCUUGCGCAUCAUCUCAAUGCCACAGAGAUUCUUUCCGUCAUCAUGGCGAUGUACGUUUUCGUGUUGGUCUGGGAAACUGUCGGCUCUCUGAGAAAGGGCGCUUGCUUCUUUGAGAGAUGGACAGAUACCGGCUAUCCUGAAAGACAAUCACAGGAUGUGGAAACGAAGGAUGCUGGAAUCUGA